GCAGCAGCAAUCGGCAGCGAGAAGUGGGUCGUCCUCCUCUUCGGAUGUGGAUGCUGCUGAAGAUGCUGAAGCUCGUGCAGUGGCAUCGUGCUCGCUUCAGUGCUGCUGUUUACUGGAAGCGCCUGAAAAGGUGCUGACCGGUCCAGGUGUCGGUGCAGGUGCAAGACGGUACCUGGGUGUGGCGCGGCCAUCGAUGAUGUUCCUCUGGCUGCAGCAGUGGGCAAGGGAAAACAGUCACCCUGUGCCAUCGUUCACAACAUUCUGCCGAGCAGUCCGAGAGUGCCGUGGGUGGUUGAAGUUCAGAAAGAAUGCUGGUGAACAUGCGGUCUGUGACACUUGCUGGCUGCCGGGCUGCACUGCUGGCUCGGUUCAUGUCCUGCCUAUUGCUGUGUCAGUUCAUGUCCUGCCUAUCGACCAGCGACCUCAGGAGCUUCAAGCAAAGGCUCCGGCAGCAUCUCAGACCCUGGAUGAUUACAUCAGGCACCUCAUGCUACAAUGGCAGGAUCGGGAGGCUGAUCUGCGAUGGGCAGCUCUUAGUGUUCAGCUACGAACAAGUUUGAGAAUGGGGGUCCGACUCCGGGACAUCCAGCGGUCCCUGAGUGUAGUCUUGAUCAGGGCCGACGGCCUGGACCAGGCAAAGCACAAGUGCCCAAGGUCUAUGACGAAGACUCAUGGCUUUGAAGCCCUGCUGCGUCCAAGCUUGUCAGUGCUCAUGCUUUGGGCCCAGGGCCAUGCGCUGGCGUUUGAGAUCAAGGAUGCAGAUGUCUACAAGAAUACAAAUUCCAAUGUGGAGGGAAUUUCUCGGCUUCUCGACAAAGUCUACAACAACUGCAAUCAAGCACUUCCUGUCCACAUCUGCAUCGUACAGGACAACUGCAGUCGGGACUGCAAAAACGGUCUCCUCCUGUCCUGGUGUGUCAAGCUCCAUUUGCUGCAGGUGUGUGAGAGGAUAAGCCUGCAAUAUCCCAGCAAGGGGCACACUCACGGGCCACUUGAUGGGCUCGGAGGGCAGGCUGUCACCAAAUGCAGUGCCUGCGAGUUCUCCGAUGCUGACAGUUUGGUGGGGAUCUACGAUGGGUUCCUGCAGCAGUCCACUGUGGAUGGGGGAGCAAGCUUCAGAGGUGCCUGGAAGGGCGAUGAGCAAGCCAACUGGCAGAGCUGGUGGGAGGAGGUCGGUUUGGUCUUCUCCAACCUGUUCGAGAUCACGACCUUGAAAGAUCUCGGCUACCUGCAAGACCGGGACAAAGUGGUUGCGAAAGCAUUGCAGGCUCACCGAGAAGGGUGCAUCAAUGAUGCUGCUCGUGAUUUCUUGGUCGGCUGGGCCAAGGGCACUUUGAGACGACACCCGCGACCUGCCCAGUAUGAGUUCUUGAACCACAACAGGCAUGCGUUUGAUGCUCUUGCUCCUGCAGCUGCAAGGGCUCCACUGGCACCAGAAGAGUACCGGCCGAUACAUGUGCAGGCAGAUGGAGGAGGCAACUUGCCCCCAGGGCCUGAGGACGAUGAAGCAGACGAGCUGCCGGAGUAA